AUGCUCACACGCUCCCAAAGCUCGUGCAUCGAGUUCCGAGCCACAAACAUCAGCCUGGAGCUCGACCAGUAUCUCCCCCACGAACAGUACGCCUCGCGGCUGGUCUUUCAGAUUCGUGACUUUGAGAUCAUUGACAACGUGCCGACUUCUGUAUGGCGAAAGUUCAUGGGCCACAUGAGAGCCGACGGGCAGCCGCGUGAAACCAAAUCCAGCAUGCUUCGAAUUGAGAUGCUCAAUGUUCGCCCAUCGCCUGGAACAAGUCCGGCGGAAGAGAUGCGACUCAAGGUCCAGCUUCUCCCUCUCCGGUUCUACAUUGAUCAAGAUGCUUUGAGCUGUCUGCUCAAAUUCUUCUCGUUCGAAGACGACACGGUGCCCAAGAACCCUGGCCGCAGCAAGACUGAAGACAACACGUUUUUCCAAUGGGUUCAGAUCGAGCCCAUCCAGGUCAAACUCGACUACAAGCCCAAGCACGUCGACUAUUCCCAGCUCAAGGAUGGCAAACUGACCGAGAUCAUGAACUUUUUCCAUCUCGAUGGUGCCGAGCUGAUGCUGGAACGAGUCAGACUCCACGGAAUCAAAGGAUGGGUCAAACUUGUCGAGAAUCUUGUGCGAGAAUGGCUGCCGCAUAUUCAGAAGACUCAGGUGCCCAGGGUCAUCUCGGGCGUCAGCGGCGUUCGUACGCUCGUCAACCUGGGCGCGGGCAUCGCCGAUUUGUUCACGAUGCCGAUCGAGCAGUACAAGAAGGAUGGGCGAAUCCUGCGCGGUAUCCAAAAGGGCACCCGAGCGUUUGCCAAGGCGGCGACGCUGGAGACGAUCAAGCUGACCACCCAGCUUGCUGUUGGCACGCAAGUACUGCUAGAGCAUGCCGACGACAUCCUCUCGAGUGACAAGGAUGACCAAGCCAGCGGUGACGGGGGCAUGGGCCGAGAGGCUGUCAGCAAGUACUCGGACCAGCCCAAGGAUGUCCGCGAAGGUGUGGGGCUGGCAUACCGCAGUCUCAGUCGCAAUCUUGGCACGGCUGCCAAAACGAUCAUGUCGGUGCCGACAAACAUGUACGACCGCGGCGGAAGCCAGGCAGUCAUCCGUGCUGUGCCAAGCGCUGUUCUGAAGCCCAUGAUUGGGGCGACUGAGGCGGUCUCGAAGACGCUCAUUGGCCUGCAGAACACCAUCGAUCCAGACAAGCGGCUUCAGAUGGAAGACAAGUAUGUAGCCUGUGCUGAUUGA